GAACAGUAACUGCGAGAGUCCAAUAUCCCAGAAUCCAUCGUGAAAUGCUAGUUCCAGUGUCUCGCUAUUAAGCAGUAAUCACGAUCAAAACCAACGAAAGACUUGUCAGAAACGCGUGUACAACUGCUGAAGAUGCCCGCAAAACCUACAGUGAAACACAAAAUUGCACUGGUUGGAGAUAGUGGGGUUGGAAAGUCCAAGAUUUUGUCAUCCUAUCUAGGAGAACGCUUCAAUCCCCUCUAUGUACAAACUCGAGAAAGAGAAACAAAGAAUACUGUUGUAAACUUUGGGAGAAGAGUUGUAGAACUUCAAAUAUGGGACACACCUGGUAACGAUCUCUUCAGGACAAUGACAGCUGCAUAUGUACAAGAAGAUGUUCAGGGUGUGGUUGUAGUGUUUGAUGUUACAAAUUAUGAUAGCUUCUUGAAUGUUCACCACUGGGUCAAAACAGUAGAACAGUAUGCAAGACAAGAUAAUGUUAAUUUUGUGUUUGUUGGAAAUAAAACUGACAUGGAGGAAAAAAGGAAAGUUUCAAAAGAACAUGGAGAGGAGUUGGCAAAACAAAAGAAUGGAGCCUACAUUGAUGCAAGUGCAAGAAUGAAUAGAAACAUAGAUCUGAUAUUCCAAAGCAUGACAAAGAUUAUUUUAGGUAUAGACGAAGGAUCAAAUACGUAUAAUGACCGAAAAUCUGAAGCAGGAGAUUCUGGAAACUACAAUGGAAGAGUAGAACAGAAGAGAUUCUGUAAUUUUUUGUGAUUAUAAUAUCUGCUUGUAAUGAGUAUAUUACUACAAAAAUUUUACAAGCGCAAAGCAAAUUCAAACAUUAAAAAAAGAAAGUAGUUGAAAGGUAUUGAUCUAACUUCAAGCUUUGAAUCGAAUGAGCUCUAUUUAAUUUUCAUAUCGUUAAUUCUCGCUGAGAUCAUCGUCCAGCCUGAUUUUCAAACAGUAGCGGGUUGCUCGCUCCGAACUCCCUCCUCUCUAAAGUAGUCUUUGAAAAGCUGAUCGAGACUCAAAUUGACUAUCGUUGAUCGUGAGAGAAAAUUAGGAGCCGCUUGGGAUCUGUUAAAGGUGGACACGAGAGGGCUGAUCUCGCGCUUGCUUCACAGGCUUCGUCGCUUAACAAUUGAAAAACUGCUAUGGGUAAAUUUCAUGAACCCUAAACUAUUGUUUUGUUUUUGGAUAGAGUAGGCUGGACGAUUCUCAGUGAGGGGUGGGGUGACUUAUUUUAUGAAAUAAUCAAACCAGGUGCACGAGUGUUAUUUUGGAAACCACUCUGUUUGAAAAAUGACUUUAUUAAUAACACAAAUGAAUUCACUGUAAGUUGAGACCAUGGAUUGAACUUUGGGUUGAGAAUAUAAACAGGUUAUGAUCUCUUGAUUUUGGUUAUGAACAAUAAGUCACAAAAUUGCUGCUCCUCAUUCAUUUUUAACAUUUUCACGCUCAAGCUUUAACGAGGUCAGCGGACAGUUAUCUGUGGUAGAAAUAAAAAAGUUUUACCUUUUUAUCGUGACUCAACGAAUUAACAAAUGUAGUAUACAGUGUAGACUUGUGUGAUGAUUUUAGGUUUUUUGAUAACGUUUACAGCACGUAAAGUUAUACCGCAACCUCAAAGAUAAUAUUUUCGGUGGGAAAGAGGAAGGAAAUUUUAUAGGAAUCUUUUUUCAAGGCCCACGUCAAAGUGUUCAAGCAAUGUUGCGUUAUUAGUGGUUUCCAAAGCAACGUUAGGGAAAAUUUUGACAUUCACAUCAAAAAAUGAAUAGUUAAUUUCAUGACUGCAUAAUAUAUUUAUCCUGUAAAAGCGAGACCUAAGAAAAGAAUGAAUUUAGGUGAAGCAGAAGGAAGGGCUACCUGUUAGGUGGAAGGAGAGGCGGUGAAGGGGGGGGGGGCAAGUGUUAAAGUAAUUUGGUGCAAAACAAUUUUUUUGCUGAGUAGUAUGAGGCAGCUGCUAUUGAUGACCUGAAAAAAACUAAAAGAAAGAAGGAAAGAAAAGAGGCUGCGCCUGUUUUAGAGGAAGCGCUACAUGUUAAUGCGUGGGUGAUAAACAAUUUAAGUAUGUAAGAAAAAAUUGUAGUGUGGCAACUGGAAGACUUAAUGAAACUGAGUUUCAAUAAACAAUCAGACUUCAAGUCA